CUAAUUUGAAGAACUAGUCAAUAUUUUAAAUCUUAAAAAAAAUAAAUAUUUAUAAUUUUUCAAGAGGGUUCAAGCAUUUAUUUCAUAUCGGACUAUAAAUACUUAAACAUGUUAAAUAUUCCAUAUUUUCGCAUUUAUUUAGUCGCUAUUUUAAUAAGACCACGCUUUUUCACCAACGCGUAUUAUUAUUGUAAUAAGGAGAGCCAAUUAUGUGGUACUAGCAAGCAUUUCAUGUGUGAUCCAAAUUCUGUGCCUAAAAAUGGCGAACUUCUCGGUCUGCUGCCGUUGACGCGAAAAAUUAAACGUUUAUAUGUCGACCGACACAAUGAGUUGCGCAAUAAAAUAGCUGGUGGUGAACAAAACUUCAAAGGCGAUGGAAAGUUUCCAAAAGCCACGCGCAUGCGUGAAGUAAUCUGGGAUGAUGAGCUAGCGUAUAUAGCCGGAAUCCAUGCGAAACGUUGUAAUAUGGAGCACGAUGCUUGCCAUGCUACUGAGCGGUUUCCAGUCUCCGGUCAAAAUCUUUAUAUGUGGCGUGGAGGUGUAAAGCCAAAGAUAAAAUCUAAUGAACUGGUAAAAUCAAUAGAUAUAUGGUGGUCCGAAUAUAAAUUUGUAGAAGAUGGCAAUGCACUGGUAGAUGAAUUUUGUAACGGCGCUGACUUUCAUAAAGUCGGCCACUUCACUGCAAUUGCAAACGAACGUGCAGCAUUUGUCGGUUGUGGUUUGGCGCUGUGUCAAAACUGUACCAAUCGCGCUUAUUGUAUCGAGGUUACUUGUAAUUACUCACUCACCAAUUUAGUGGGUUCACCUAUGUACAAGACGGGCGUUUCAUCGGCAACUGAAUGUGAUUACUAUGAAAGUGUUCCAAGUACUAAUUAUCCGAAUCUUUGUGAAAAUAAUGGCAAAAUUUUUGAUAAUUAAGUUGAUGAAUAAAUUUUUUGUAUUUGCGAUUGACUAUUCA